GAAGAUGAAGUGGUCGAAAACACAAGGUCUGACCUCCUCGACGAUAGGCCAUUAGGAUUCUGUGCAAACCAGGGCCUUAGCUUGGCAAAGAGACUGUGACUAGAGCUUGGUCCUAACCGGCAGGAAAGGCUCAGAACCCCUUGCAGUGCCAUGAAUGGCAGUGGCUCGUGACCGGGUCACAGGCUCUUGAAGGAAGGCAAUGGUGUGUUCGGAGAUGAGUGCUUGCCACUGAUCGACCACUGGGUACAUACUCUACUUCCCUGCAGUUUGGCCUUCAGAGUUGAGACUAGAUCAAAGCAGAACGUGUGUUCGUGAAUACCCGUCGUAGCAUUCUCCAUUUCGCCUCAUGGUGACCUCUUGGCUUCUCGUUCUCGGUCUCCCACUGUGCAAAGCCCUAAACGUGAGUAGCUUACACUCCAGGCAAAGACUAACAGUACGGCUUGGCCGUGGAUCGCUUAAACACAGUUGGUGUUAGCCGAAGAAGUGCCGGCUCAGGUGGAACCACGCUACCUGACCCCUCUCUACCUAUCACAGCCUACAGCCACGUACACUAAAUCAGUAAAUGCUUCGACAACAGCAAUUGUCAGGAUCUGUGUAUUGGAGGAAGUGAUUGCGGAGACUUGACAGCGCGGGGACCAGAGCCGAAGAAUUCCUACCACUCCGCGUUUGCAGUAUUGGUAGAUCUGUUAGCCUGAGCUGCUUGAAUGCGGGUUCGAGCGUCUGGCAGUACAAUCAUUUCUUCGGCUGGUAGUGCUAGUACAUAAUUCCAUCAUUCGUGAGUAUAAUUGGAGCCAGGCCAUACCGGAGUGAGGAGGCAGCACCAUCAAGUUAGUUUUCAAGACCUCGGUGACCUGGGCUGUGUGGUCACGGAUAUGAUGUGAAUUCUGUACUCUGUACACACAACUGAAGUCUGUAGGUAAAGGUCCAGGGCAGGGCAGUGCAAGACAGUGCUGUGCAGGUCAUGGAUGAUCAGACCAUGUUGCUUCUACUGCUGCAGUUGCUGGAUGGCUGAUGUUGAGGUGUACACGAAAACCUCUCACACAGCCCAUUGAGCUAAGUAAAGGCAAGUGAAGUGGUGAGGACAAGGGCCUGGGCCUUUCGGUGUUACACUCCACUUGCGUUGUACUGAGAUCUACCCCUGGCAGUGCCUCUCCUGAACUUCUCCUGUACAUAUAUCUAGCAGGAACAUACUAGGUGCAGUGUCAGCUAGCCUAACGAAACCUAUCCCCCUGGAAAGCUGAGUUCCUUACAACUCAUUGUGCCUCAACACGAAUAUCUCAGUACCUGUGCUCUCUACUUACUCUUUGCGGUGCUGCGUGGUGGUGCUCUGUCUGAGUAUAAGAUAUCCGGGCGCAGGUCUAUCCCAAGUCACUCAGCGUAACGGGCCCAGGCAGGACGGAGCUGGAGAAUUAUUUCCGUCAACCCUGUGAACGGUCCAUUCUGCAGUAAGAUAUGCACUAAUGAAUAGGUGCGCAACAGGGUGUAGACGCGCGGUGCACGGGCAAACAAGAAUAGCCUCCUCUCCGCCAGAUCUCAGUUCUCAGCGAACAGUGUGUACGCACGCAUCUUGCAAAGUGUUGGAAAAUUACUUCAGAGUGUGCGAGUUGAGUAUUGACACCUCUGCUGUUGAUUGGACACUCUACAUCAGCUGAUUGUUCGUGAGUGGGAGAAUUAGACCCUGCCUCACUGAGAGAGAACACUGACCAACACCAGGGACUAGCUGAUACUGUGUUGUUGGACACAAGUGCUCUAGUGGUGGACGCUACUCCUGUCCCAGCCGGAAGGAGGGUUUGUCAAACUGCAAACCUCAGUGAUUGUAAUACCAGACGAGUGGCGGCAAUGGCCUCCACAAGACAGAUGGGUGGACUCACGGCGAUCAUGCUGCUGCUGGCUGCAGUGCUUCUGGCGAGUAUCUGUGAAGGAACACCGCACAAUCUACAUGAUAUCAUCAGCAAGGCACGUGCAAAACGACAGUUUGGAUUGCCUGGCGGUUUUGGGCCACCAGCGCACUUGUUCACGCUGGGUGGAGCUGGAGGCAUUGGGGGUGGCUUGCCACCUCUAGGCGUGCUGGCUGACUAUAGAAAAUGUUGCUGUAGGUUUGGAGUUCCUCCCGAGUGCUUGGAGAAGUGUGUUGUACGGCCUGGAGCUCCAGUGUCCCUGCCAGGUCACUGCGCUCAAUAUGAGCAGAUCACUGCGUUCGAGUGCUUCAACAAAAAUGGUGCAGAAGACACGGGUGAAUGCGAACCAGACUAUUCUCAGCCACCGCCGCGUGCAGGAACGUGCCCUGCAAUGCUGCUGGACGGUCAGGACUACAUGUGUAGCGGAGACUCUUGUCAUACAGACCAUAGCUGUGCUACACGACCCAAUGCAAAAUGCUGUCCCACAACCUGUCCCGAUAGCGCAACAGGAAGACACACGGGAAAGAUGAUCUGUUUAGAAGCAGUCCUGGGCACCACAACACGAUGCGAGCAGCACCGACACCGUGUACUCCAGCAGCUGAUUGACGCUAAUGAACGCGUCAAUCGCAGCUCUCUGAUGAUGUGGGUGCCGCAGUGCACACGCCGUGAAGUGCUGCCCAGCGACCCGCACGGGCCCACGUACAGGUCCACGCAGUGCAUUGCCGCGUCCGACGUGUGCUUCUGCGUGAACGAGACCACGGGGCAGGAGAUGGACGGAACACGCUACAGGUCUGACCAGGCCCCAGUCAACUGUAGUCGCCUCAAUUCCGAGAUGUACUCGUCCUGUCGUAUCGAAGCACUGUUGAUUCUGGAGCAGCAUGCCUCGAUGGACAUGCCGGAAAUGAUGUCAGCCGUUGAAGACCUUUCCGUGUGGAUACCGGAGUGCAUACACCAGACAGCUGUGGGUGGGGGAGUGCGGUCACAUCGCCACUUGCAGUGCGACACAAACAGUGGAUUGUGCUGGUGCACGACAGGCCAGGGAAAAGCUAUCCUGGACACGGUUAUGCCUCCUGGUCACCCACUCUUCGUGGAGGAAUGCACUGACUUUGUACCCACACCCUGCGAGGAAGACGUAGCAUCCAACAUAUACGACUACCGGCUGGCAAUGUACGGACUGAAGAAUGGCUCGCAGCUCUUCCAGAAACGAGAGUACUACGAGCGUAUUCCCAACUUUUUCGUGCAUCGGUGUGCCCAGCGCGGCCUGUCCAUGCUGAGUUCCAACGCUCCGUCGCAUUCAUUCGAAAAAAUUCAGUAUACCCUCCGACAGCAUCAGUCACUCGCCGAACGAUUCUGUGUCGACACCAAGACAGGGUUGGAGAUACCCGGAUCACGCACAGCCGCAGGUGAACAUCGCUACGUGCGAUCCUCGCCGUCGACAAAGCACUUCUGCCACAUGCGUUCGCACUGCGAGGAGACCGUCCUGGAGCUGCUGCGUCGGCUGAACGGCGUGAUGCUAGAGCGAGGUGCAAGCGGCGUGUACGCCAUGGUCAACCGUCAGCUUGCAAAGUCAUUUGGAGAGUACGUGCCGCAAUGCACCGUGCCGGGGCACGUUGCCAAGGCGAUGAGUCGAGCUGGUGAGCCGCUGCCCGAUGCAAUCGCAAUGUACGGGUAUGCGCCACGGCAGUGUGGCGCUCUCAACGCCACCUGCUGGUGUGUGUACCGUGACGGACAGCCGGUGGAGGGAACACUGCACAGACGCAACGAAACUACCGACUGCACCAUGUAUCAAUCACUGUGUAUGCUCCCUGGUCAUGUACGUGUUCAAGCACCCAGUCAUGCACUGCGCGCUGCAAUGCGCCAGUGUCCCGCCGGGCAGGCAUGCAGAGAUAUCGGACUGCACAUCGGCAUUGGCUUGUGCCAAGUCGAGGAUGACGGUGCACUCAAGGCAUGCUCGCUAAACAGAAGGACGAUUCUACACGGAGCGCGCACCCUAGUACAGCUAACAUGUCAGUUGUGUUCGUGUCACGACGGUGCCCUGAGAGCCUGUGAGCAGCUGCCCAAGUCGACAUGCAUGACGUCACAGCCAUGCUUUGUGCAGACCAAGGUUGGUCAUGUGACGUCCCUGGGUGACGGUAUGCGCGUGACUAUCGACUGCAGGAACUGUGUGUGCAACAACGGACGUGUACAGUGCACUCAGAUGAAUUGCUCCGUGCCACCGGUAACAUUGCAAGUAGCACGGCCAUGCAGUGCUGCCAUGAGCAGUGCCGGCAUACCUGCCAGAAUACAGCUGUGUGCUCCCAACGGCAGGACAUACCCCAGCGCCAGUGCGGCACGCAGCUGCGGAGGCUUCACAUCCGAUCAACUCUUGCUGGGACCGUGCUCAACAAAGUACGUGUGUCGUCCCGGACUGUGUGAACCCGGCUACAAGUGUGUGCCGUCGCCAAGGCAAUGCCUUGUGGCGCCAUGCCAACAACACCUGUGUGUGCAAGAGAAUGCAGAGUGUGAUAUGCCCAGCAUGCCAGCGGCUAGUUUUCAGCAAGCAGUCGAGAACGUGGAGACUGCUCCGCCGAUGAGCGAAGAUGCACAUGCCUGUUUCCAUGGUAACGUCAGUCACACGUCUCUGUGUCACGGCCUGGUGCGCAGUGGCCAUGUUCAGUAUCUUGGUGCAUGCAAUGAGGAGUGCUCAGGAGAGGUAUGCGGCUCAGACAAGGUAACGUACGAGUCUCGUUGCCAUGCCCACUCGAGUGUGACCCCAGUCGACUAUGACGGUUCUUGCCAGAGAUCAUGUGACCUGGUCAAGUGUCCAGCGCUGGAGCCGGAAUGCACGGUGGCGACGAGAAUGCCCAACGACUGCUGCUCAUUCUGUGGUGGUGGAGCGUUGGUGUCAAUCAGCAAGCCAAUAGCUCGGGCAUUGGUGGGAUCCGGUUAUGAAACUGCCAAUGACAUAGCCAGCAUUCUGGUGUCGCUGCAGCGCGCCCUGCCACCGAUGACAUCAGCACACUGUGCCGUGCGAGGUCAUGUGACACUUGAUGAUGUCAUGGAGCUGAGAGUGGAGACUCUGCCGGGCAGUGGUGAACAGGGACUGUAUUGUUUCCAAGCCGUGCAGACACUCGUAACCCUGGUCAACACCGGAGCAACACUACAGAAGAAUGCCGUCACGGCUGCACUGACACUGGCCAACAUACAGACGGCCAGAACAGGAUUCCAGUCGUCCGCAUCCACACUGACGCACAUUGACCUGCUGAUGCUAGCCGCCAUAGUACUGGGAUUCGCCAUGCGAUAACCCUCCGUGACUGCGUGAGUUCUGGCCAGCAAUGAUUCGGACUCCUCUCUUCUGACUGUCAGCGUGGAAAGGUUCUCUUCGGCUCAGAAGGGCACACGGCUAUCACAGUGUCCCUGCAUGGUGGUGUGAGUGGAAGCGCGGAGUGUCAUGCCGCAAUCCUAGAUUCGAACUUGAACAAUUAUUGUAUUCAGAUGUUAUCAACAUUUGUGUGUGCCUUGUGCGAAAUGUGUUAAUCCUGGCUUGGCUCCGCUGGGUAUAUCCGCCUGAUUCUGCUUCUCCUGUUCUUGUUAGCUCAUCUUCCCUCAUCCUGUCUCUGUCUGUGUCUCUGUCUGUCUGUCUCUCUCUCUCUCUGUCUGUCUGUCUCUCUCUCUCUCCACCUAACUCCACUCUCAGUGAUUUCAGUUCCCACCGGUGUCUGUCGCCCAUGAUGCAUAUACUAUACAACUAAGUUUUGUUGGUCAAACACACAAUAUGGAUAACUCACCACAGUUUUCAAUUGCAUCAUCCCUCCAGCACACACACACACCGUGUACAAAACAAAGCAGAUUUUGACUCCAGCUAAGGAUUUUGAGUUUAGCUAUUACCGCUUUUUCAGAUGUAUUUCCAUUGCUUCAUAUCAUCUGAAGACAGUAUUUCUGUCUCUCUCUCUCUCUCUUUCUGUCUCUCUUUCGACCAGUUCAAAAUCUGGUACAUGUACUUUCAGAAUCAAUAAUUCAUCAAUCUGAUCUGAUCUGGGUAUUUGAAUAGACUACUUGACAUUGACGAAACCAUC